AUGUCAUCUUCUACGUACCACAAUCUGCCUGAACAACACCUGUAUCACGCGAACCAGCCUCAGGACAACACACCGUAUUCUCAGCCUUACGCACACUUUCCAUCAGCUCCUACCCCGUAUGCCGACGAGCAAGGAUCGCUAUACCCGCAGUCUUAUGUGGAGCAACAAGGGCCGCUUUCGGCUCCAGACGCAAAUGCAACAGCUUCUGUGAGGCCUAGCGGGUUGAAGCCUGCCGUAGAGCCUCACAUCUCCGAGACGCCGUCUUCAUAUACAGAGUCUGAUUCUCCCGGCAAAACACACCUCCUGUCUCAACGCAACGAUGUCUACCUCGACUGGGCCAUCAAGAUACUCAGCGUGGCUGCAGCAGUCACCUUUGGCAUCUGGGCACCGAUCUCGUACAAAAUCACGGCGGACGGGAACAGUGGGAACGACAAGGCACAAGCAUCUCUCAUGUCAGAAAUUAGCUCAAUGAGAGCCGAAGCCGAGACUGCAGCCUCUGCACAACGGUCGGCUGUCACUGCUCUAGCCAAACUUCGAGACCAGCUGGACAAUAUUGGACUACUACGCGCAUGGGAGUUCUGUGAUGGGCAGACAGUAGCAGUUUGCAGAAGCCUGAAGUCUUCGUCAACAAACGUUAUUGAGGCACUCUCCAGCCUGGGAGGGUUGCAGGCCGCGAGUUCGACCAUAGGUCAGGCUACAUCAGCAGCCUCUAGUGCGCCUACUAGCGGGUCUUCAGAUUCACACUCGGCCGGAGGGUCAAGAUUGGGAGGCACAGCGAUUAUAGCAGUUGUACUUGGAUCAGUCUUUGGUGGGAUUGUUAUCGUUGGAUUGAUCGUUGGCGUAAUGGCGAAGCGGAGGAGACUGCGCGUAACUGGGAAAGAAGGCUAA